AUGCGCUCAUGCAUCUGGGCGCAGUUCGAGGGUUUAGCGGCGUGGCGCGUGGCUGUGCUGGACCGCAACGUGGAGAACCUGUCCGGAGGGGAGCUGCAGCGCUUCGCCAUCGCCGUCGUGUGCGCGCAGCAGGCUGACGUGUACAUGAUCGACGAGCCCAGCUCAUACCUGGACGUGCGGCAGCGGCUCAAGGCGGCGCAGACCAUCCGCGAGCUGCUGGACAUCAAGAACUUUGUCAUUGUGGUGGAGCACGACCUCAGCGUGCUGGACUACCUGUCUGACUUCAUCUGCUGCCUCUACGGCAAGCCCGGCGCCUACGGCGUCGUCACGCUGCCCUUCAGCGUACGCGAGGGCAUCAACAUCUUCCUCGCGGGGGAUUUUGCGGCGUGGCACGACGCAACAUGA